AUGGCUGCUGCUCCAUCUACUAUCACGUUUUGCACGACAAAACAUAUCGUUCCAUGUGAAACGCGACAUGCUCAAUCACUGACUUUCUCGCCAGAAGAUCUCAAUCGUUGGUCGGACAAGUCAAAUAGAAAGAAAAAGCAGAUACUUUCUCUAGAGAAUGGACAAACAAAUUACCCGAUGAUUAAGGAUUUUCACCAUCGUGUUAAAAAUGCUUUUGUGGCUACGAUAUUUGAAGCAUAUUGCAAUCAUUAUCCACUCGAAUUAUCUGUUGAAGACUUUUGGGUUGCUAUUGCUCAAGGUGUCAGUAUUCAUUUGAAUGAAAAUGCUGAGAAGUUUCGCCAUCUUCUUGUUUCACACGAAGGAAAAAAGACGUUAAUAUUGCCCGUCGAUAGUCUUCGCAUUCCAGAAUCAGAUCGAUCAGCUGGUGGAAAUAAAUCUAUUCCGGCCAUCAACUGGCCAAAAGCCGUCCGCCAAAUGUGCCAGCUGAUUAGAGACGACAUGAAAAUGGAUCUCGCCACCUUGAUGACCAAACGAUUUUCAAACACUACCAACGUUGAAGGAGCUGUGUUUGACUGUACUCUAAUGGAUACUGUCAAAUCGUACUAUGAAUAUGGAUUCAGUUUGACAUGCGGCAUUCCACAAGUAACACUUCGUGGUUUGCCCACUGAUUUUCAAGAACUAAUCGAUCGAGUUCAACAACUCAAACUGCUCUUCACCGACUUUCACUGGUGGUUUGAUGCUUUAUUGCCAAAUCUUGAAAAGUUGAAGGAGAGCGCCGAAGGAAAACCCGAUAUCGACUGGUGGCAAAAGAUUUGUCAUCAGGACAACAGUGGAUCAGGCGUCAAUCUUUUAUUGGGAUGGCUGGCAACUUUUGUUCCCGUAAGAUUUUAGUUACUGUUGUUACAGAGCACAACAAUUUUCUGAGCAAACAAUCUCGUAGACCAAAUGACAAAAAACACAGCGUUGAAUAAAAUCUUCUCACUCGAGUGUUUAUAUCCACUCUUAUCCUUUCAAGAUAUGCUUGUAACAAAACACUGUUCUGUUCUAGUACAAAAUGGAUGACAAUGGCCACUACAUUAAAGCUUGUCAUGAACAUCAUCAUCGUGAGCAUGUAUGCAUUUCGUUACAUCACUACACUGUAAUGUAUUCACUAUCGUUCCAUCAUUCUUAGGGUGUGAUCUAUGGAAUCGACUUCGGCGACCUUGAGGAGAGUAUCAGUCAAACAGGAUUCUUCCUAGAUGAUAAUGGAAACAAAACAUCAAUGCAGCUAAUUGCUGGAUUUCUUGGUAUCGGUCAGAAUCCGGAGACGAAUGCUCUACGUCCAUGUCUUGGAUGGGUAACCGCUGUAUCUUCAGAAGAAGAGAUCGCUCAAUUUUACUACAUCAAAUUCAAGAAGGACACGCCUAUUGCGGAGAUCAACAGGUACUCAUUCUAUUGUUUUCGAUCACUUUUAAUUUUCGAGUAAUUACAGGAUCAAAGAGAACAUUGUGCAAGAAGGUGGGAAAAUUCGUCAUCAGUUUAAUCGGGAUUACAUUUCGCUCUCCGCUGCAGUUACUGAAUGUUCACUUUCAUGGCUCAAAGAAAACGAGCAUAUUGCAGAAAUGACCUUAGGCCGCUAAAUGUGAUCUUUUUCAUAUGUGAUGUAUUGAUAUAUUCUCUACUAUUAUGAUUAAUAUACACUAUAGACUCUUUUGAUAAUUUUAAGUAGUUGUGCCUUUUAAUCACUAUCAAGGUACGUUUUGUACCGAACUAUUAUUCGUUCAUUAAUAAAGUUGCUCGUUUUCUUGCUAGUAAAGAUAAAAUCGCAGCUGCAACACUGAAAAAUGUUUGCUUUAAAAUACCUACUGAAGUCUGAAUAGUUUCAAGAACAUGUUUGCCCGAAAAUUCUCUUGUAAUCGCCUGUAGUCAGGAAAACGAAUUCUAUGAUUUAAAAUGCUGUUCUUACAAUUGUG